UCUACUCUCAGUCUAGAGCUUGGCGCAGGGAGGACAGCAAGCGCUAUGUCUGCUUCCCGGGUACCAGAAGUCCAUGAGCUGUUGGAGAAGGCUCGGAAGGUCUUCCAGAAGGAGUUCGGGUCCGAGCCCACAGUGGCCGUGUCUGCGCCUGGCCGGGUCAACCUAAUCGGGGAGCACACGGACUACAACGAGGGCCUGGUGCUGCCCAUGGCUCUGGAGCUGGUGACAGUGCUGGUAGGAAUUCCACGGUCUGAUGGCCUCAUCUGUCUCAUAACAACCUCAGAGCAUGCUGAUGAGCCAAGGCGGGUAGAGUUCCCAGUGCCCACUGCAGAGCAGCCUUUGGAACCUGGGGUACCAUGUUGGGCCAACUACAUGAAGGGGGUGAUACAACAUUAUCCAGUCACUGGUCCCAUCCCAGGCUUCAGUGUGGUGGUGGCCAACUCACUGCCUCUCGGGGGUGGGCUGUCCAGUUCCGCGUCCCUGGAAGUGGCAACUUAUACCUUCUUGCAGCAGCUUUGCCCAGACUCUGGGGCAGCAAUCGUGCGUGCCCAGGUGUGUCAGCGGGCAGAGAACAGCUUUGCAGGGGUGCCCUGUGGCAUCAUGGACCAGAUCAUCUCACUGUUUGGGCAGAAGGGCCACGCACUGCUCAUUGAUUGCAGGACCCUAGAGAAAUGCCCUGUGCCCAUGUCAGACCCAGGGGUAGCUGUGCUCAUCACCAAUUCCAACGUCCGUCACUCAUUGGGUUCCACCGAGUACCCUAUCCGGCGACGGCAGUGUGAAGCAGCUGCCAAGGCACUGGGCAAGAAGAGCUUGCGGGAGUUAGAUAUGAAAGGUCUAGAGGGUAAGGGAUCUGUAAAUAUUGUCUUGGAAAUGAGUGGGGUAAUAGGAGUAGCACUCAGGACGUUGUGUUUAAGAGAGAGAGAUAGA